UUCCGUCGGUAGGUGGAGUGGAGUCGGUGUCCAGGCAGCUGCUGUCUCCCCCUCUGUCUCUGUGACACCCAGGCUAGCCUGUAAACAACGGCGGAAAAAAGCCCCGGUUGUGUCUAAGAGAAUUUAAUGACUGAACACGCCGGUGUUUUGUAACUGCUAGCGCCCUUGUCCGCGUUUAUUCUUCUUUUCUUCUUUCCCGUGCAUGUCUCCUCGGUUCCUGCUCGGGAUCGACUCCGCAGCGUUACUGAUCCUAAAUGAGCUAACCACGCUCAACUGUCUCCAAAACCAAAAGCAACAUUUUCCCUGAGACCUCAGCUGUUGCCUGGCGGCGGAUGUCUCGUCGCCUCCCUCUGAGGUCGGAGGCCAGCUGGAGUCGGGAGGAGGGUCCUCAUCAGCAGCAGCAGCAGCAGCAGCAGUGAUGCGGGCUUCAGUGGCAGGCUGCAGGAUGAGCGUGGGUGCGCUCCUAAACGGGCUGCUGGUCUCCGUGGUUGCGGCUCUGCUUUGGAAGUAUUCUAAGCUCAGUGAGCAUGCCGCUCUGCUGGAGGAAGAGCUGCACAUGACGCAGCAAUCGCAGGAGCUCUCGCAGGCUCGCAUAGACUACCAUGUCGCCCUGCAAGCUCUCCAAGAGCACGGCACGCAAAUGGUGUGCACCGGCAAGAUGCACACUGAUCGCAUCUGCCGCUUCGACUACCUCUGCUACUGCUCGGAGGCAGAGGAGUUUGUGUUUUUCCACUCCAAUUCCUCCGUCAUGCUGCCUAACUUGGGAUCUAGGCGCUUCCAACCUGCCCUGCUGGACUUAUCCUCGGUAGAAGAUCACAACACCCAGUACUUCAACUUUCUAGAGCUCCCAGCUGCUGCUUUAAAAUUUAUGCCCAAACCUGUGUUUGUACCAGAUGUGACACUCAUCCUAAAUCGGUUUAAUCCUGAUAACCUAAUGCACGUAUUCCACGAUGACCUGCUCCCAGCAUUCUACACCAUGAAGCAGUAUUCAGAUUUGGAUGAUGAGGCUCGUCUCGUGUUCAUGGAGGGCUGGAACGAAGGCCCCCACUUCGACCUCUACCGACUCCUCAGCAGCAAGCAGCCGCUACUCAAAGAACAGCUAAGGAACUUUGGAAAGCUUAUGUGUUUCACUAAAUCUUACGUUGGCUUGUCCAAAAUGACUACUUGGUACCAGUAUGGAUUUGUCCAGCCACAGGGGCCUAAAGCCAACAUCUUGGUCUCAGGGAAUGAGAUCAGGCAGUUUGCCAGGGCUUUGAUGGAGAAAAUGAACAUCACGAGGCCGGAGGACACGGAGAAGGAUGGAGGAAGCGCUGAAGAUGGGAAGGAGAAAGAGAAGAAGGAUGAAUACAUUGUCGUGUUUAGUCGUUCAACAACGAGGCUGAUACUGAAUGAAGCAGAGCUAAUCAUGACCUUGGCCCAGGAGUUCGAGAUGAGGGUGGUCACAGUGUCCCUGGAAGAGCAGUCUUUCCCAAGUAUUGUCCAGGUGGUCAGUGGUGCUUCCAUGUUAGUCAGCAUGCAUGGAGCCCAGCUUAUCACCUCACUCUUCCUCCCCAGAGGGGCCGCUAUUGUGGAACUGUACCCCUUUGCUGUGAACCCAGAGCAGUACACCCCAUAUAAAACCCUUGCCUCCCUUCCAGGCAUGGACCUUCACUACGUAUCCUGGAGAAACACUCAGGAGGAGAACACGGUCACCCACCCAGACAGGCCUUGGGAAGAAGGAGGAAUUGUUCACUUGGAAAAGGAAGAGCAAGAACGAAUCCUCGCAAGUAAGGAUGUCCCCAGGCACUUGUGCUGCCGAAACCCAGAGUGGCUCUUCCGGAUCUACCAGGACACGCUUGUGGACAUCCCGUCCUUCCUAGAAGUCCUCAACGAGGGCAUGAAGACCAAGCCGAACUUGAAGAAGAACAAGGUGGCCAGCACGGUCCACCCCGGCCGGGUCAGAGAAGCCCAGUGUCAGACUUCAGUUCAAACCACCAACGAGGCGAAACUCACAGUCUCUUGGCAGAUCCCGUGGAAUCUGAAAUACCUGAAGGUGAGAGAGGUGAAGUAUGAGGUGUGGAUCCAGGAGCAGGGAGAGAACACCUACAUGCCUUAUAUCCUUCCCCAGCAGAACUACACAUUUUCAGAGAACAUUAAGCCCUUCACCACCUAUCUGGUGUGGGUUCGGUGUAUCUUCAACAAGAACCUCCUGGGCCCCUUUGCAGAUGUUCUCAUGUGCAGGACCUAGUACAAACACAAUACAAGUUUGUUGCUGUGCAGUUUCAAGCAAAAGCAAAUUCAGGCUUGUUCCAGACAGUCAAACUGGAACAAGGGACUGUUUUGUUGUUGGUGUUGGCAAAUGUUACAUGGCUUGUUCUCGUGGUCCUAGAACAGAAAAGGCUGGUGAGCUCCUGCACAGCGAAGUUUCCAUUCCUUGCAGGGAGUAGAUAGUGACUGGACAAAAAGACUCGAACCACCUGGAGAGAAGUCAAUAGCGAAGAGCACUAAGAAAUGGAAAGUGUAUUUCCUUUUCCUGCAAACGAAAAAAGUGCUAAACUAUGUCUUCAGUGAUAAUACCAGAAUUCAAAUCAGCAGAUUUAUUUAUGUGAGAAAUAAUAUAUAAGAUUUUUUAGUAUUAGUCAGAACACUGGUUCUUUACCUUUUACAGUAUGCAAUGUAGCUUCUCUGUGGUAAGCAAAAGAGAUUUUAGAACAAGAUUUUUUAGGUUUUCUGACUUGUCUGGUGUGUGUGUGUCUGUGUGAGAGCGAUACCUCUGUGACUUUUCAUACCAAUUUGUUACAUUCUCUUCUGCUUGUCAUUUACAGAAUCUAGCCAAAACCAAAGCGACUUUUCCACAUAAAAUUCAGCCAGUCCUCACUCAUGUCGUAUUACGUUCUCAUGUUACUGAUAUCUUUUUACUUCCGGUGUUUGCCGAGAGUCAGACAGUUUGAAACCCUGCCUCUAGAAAAACGGCAGAAGAGCUGAGAUAUGUGGAAUUUCAGAGCACUCUUUGGAGAAAUUAAUAUCCCCUAUGUCUUAUAAAUAAUUUGCAUCUAUUUUCCUGCAUGAAUAAAUUAUUUUUCUUUUCAAAUUGACACUAAUUACAACUGCAAUAAUUAUCAUUUUCUGUGGAGGUUGUGUCUCUUUCAGCUGCCGGUAUUUAGCGUUUAGCCGCGUCCCUUCUGUAUCCAGUAGUAGUGGUGGUAGUAGUAGUAGUAGUAGACUGCUGGACAGUCACAUUUCUCUGCCUUGUGUAAGAAGGGAUUUUACAGCUUAGAAUUCACUGCCUUGUGAUAAUUAAGAUAAAAUCCCGGGUUAUGUGUCUUUUUACUGUGUUCCUCAAAGGUUUUCUAGCUGAUAAUAUUUCAUUUUAGAAAGAAACCACAGGCCUCCAAAGCUGUCUGUUGAAGUUGCUUGUGGGUGGCAGGAUGGCAGGAAUCUGCUUAUCUUUCAAACUCUUAAACAGGAGGCGUUAGUAUGUAAAUGAUCGUAAAGACAUAGCGUGAGAUGGAAUUUACGAGAAGGCACAAGUUAAACAAAACACUGCCACUGACAUUGUGUUAAAUUGUCGCACCAUUUUUAUUAUUUAUUUGGUCUACAAAGAUCUCUCUGUAAUGUUGUGCCUCUUUUGUGUUUUUCUUUCCUUUUACCAGCCACAUGCUCUUUUUAUGGUUUUAAAAGGUUUUCAGAUGCCAGCGCAUGUUUAAGAGUUUAUUUUUAAGCCAUUGUUGCGUGUGCAGGAUGUGAUGAUUUAGUAUGUGUGUGUUUGUAUUGUUGGUUAGAUCUAUGCGUGCCCCUGUCCCACCUCUGUAUGUGCUGACUGAGAUUGAGAGUCUGUUUUCUAUAUUAGCCGAUAGUUGGAGUUUCUUUUUCAGUAACUGUGAUUGAAUAAAGAAGCGUAUUUCUUA